AACUGAGACUUCUGGUAUGCGGUGGCUAAACCUUGGUAUUGCCUGCGGUUACUAUCCAACUACUCGAAACCCCUCCGAAAACCCGACUACCGACCACCAACUAUCGAUCCCCAAGCCAGAGCCAAAUUCCGUAACUCAAUCAUGUCUCAUAUCCGCCUCGGAAUGCCGCCGAUCGAUCGUCCAGGAUACCAGGGACACAGCAAGAUGGAUGACUGGCGCCCGGGGGCCACCAACAUGCCGAUUAUGUCGCCAUCGCCGUAUCUCCUCAGCCGCUUCACCAGCAACGUUCCCCUGCCGACGCUCUACGCCGGCGAUUCGGCAAGAAAGCCGAAGCUCUCGGUGAUCGAGCUGCUGCUCUACAACAUGGCCUCCCUGCUGGCCGGAGUGGCGGCUGGCUACGAUGUCCGGAUGUCGAACGUGUCGCCAGUGCAUCCCACGUUGCUCAGCGAAGUGCCCGCUUUGAAGGCGGCCCCGAAAGCAGUGGCUUCAAUCACCGAGGAUCAGGAUAAGAUCGUGGAACUGGAGGUGGAGGCGCCGCCCAAGCAGCAGGAGGACGAACAGCAGCAGGAAAUAAGAGAGAGCACGCCCAGAAAGAUGGUCAGCCAGACGAGGUAA